AUGCUCUCCCUCCUCCCGCCCGCGCGGCUUCGCGCCGCGCCCUCCGACGCCUCCGUCACCUCGCCGCGCCGCCCGGCCGUCAUCCUCCCAGGGCUCGGGAACAACACGGGCGACUACGCGCGGCUGGCCGCGGCGCUGCGGAACGGCCACGGCGUGCCGUCCGUCGUCGCGCGGGUCUCGCGCCCCGACUGGCUCCGCAACGCCGCCGGGCUCGCCGACCCCAGCUACUGGCGGGGCACCCUCCGCCCGCGCUCCGUCCUCGACUGGUACCUGAAACGAGUGGAGGAAGCGGUGUCCGAGGCCAGGGAGCUAUCCUCUCCAGAUGGGAAGCUAUCAUUGAUAGGGCAUUCAGCUGGGGGCUGGCUCGCGCGCGUGUACAUGGAGGAAUUGGGGACUUCUGACAUAAGUUUGCUGCUCACGCUUGGCACUCCCCACCUGCCACCUCCCAAAGGUGUUUCUGGCGUAAUUGACCAAACUAGAGGACUACUGAACUACGUCGAGAAGAAUUGUGCCCCUGCAGUUUACACACCAGAACUACGAUAUGUAUGCAUUGCUGGAAGGUACAUUCAGGGUGCUCCUUUAACUGGAAACUCAAUUGCUACUACUACUACAGAUGAGCUUGUCACAGUAGACACCCCAUCAGAAGUAGCUGAAGCAGUCAUGGUCAGUGCCGACAACAAAUCCGCUCCAACAGGCCCCACCUUCCGGGCCCGUUUCGUCGGACAAGGCUACAAACAGGUUUGCGGCAGCGCCGAAGUCUGGGGAGAUGGGGUCGUCCCCGAAGUGUCAGCGCAUCUAGAGGGCGCACUGAAUAUAAGCUUCGACGGCGUGUACCAUUCUCCUGUAGGUUCUGAUGAUGAAGAGAGGCCUUGGUACGGCUCACCGGCGAUCCUAGAGCAAUGGGUGCACCAUCUCCUCAGUUGA